CCCCAGUAGCGCCGCUGAGUCAGGAGCGCAGGGCUCAGCCCCCGGCAGUGUGACGUCAGGCGCUAUUCCCAGAGCGGAGCUGCACUAGUGCCGGACGCAGCCACAGAGGGAGCUCAGUCGGCCGGGCGGUGUGUGUGCGUAGGGCUGGGAGUGAGGGCGGCGCUGUGUCCCACUAACUUACUUGCCAACUCGGACUUAGUGAGCGCUUCUAUCCCGACCCAGCCGGCCAGCCCGGAGUGUGUGAGUGCGCCCUGGGCGCUGAGUUGGGCGCAGUCGGUAGCGGCAGUUACACCAUGGCGGCUCAGUGCGACACUAUCGGCGGAUACAUGAACCAGUCGGACCCGGGCUCCAACAGCGAGCGGAGCGCUGACUCCCCUCUCCCGGGCUCAGAGGAUGAUUCCCCCGGCUCGGCCGUGCCCCAUGAUCCGGAAUGGGGAGAGGAGCGGUUCCGAGUGGAUCGGAAGAAGCUGGAAACGAUGCUGCAGGCUGCUGCUGAAGGAAAAGGAAAAAGUGGGGAAGAUUUCUUUCAGAAGAUUAUGGAAGAGACAAACACACAGAUCGCUUGGCCGUCCAAGCUGAAGAUUGGGGCAAAGUCAAAGAAAGAUCCGCACAUUAAAGUCUCUGGCAAGAAAGAAAAUGUGAAGGAAGCGAAGGAACGGAUCAUGUCAGUGCUGGACACUAAGAGUAAUCGGGUGACGCUGAAGAUGGACGUGUCACACACGGAGCAUUCGCAUGUCAUUGGGAAAGGCGGUAACAAUAUCAAGAAGGUGAUGGAAGAAACGGGCUGCCACAUCCAUUUCCCAGACUCCAACAGGAAUAACCAAGCAGAGAAAAGCAACCAGGUGUCGAUUGCAGGGCAACCAGCUGGUGUGGAGUCUGCAAGAGUACGAAUAAGGGAGCUGCUGCCUUUGGUACUGAUGUUCGAGCUGCCUAUAGCCGGGAUCCUGCAACCAAUACCAGACCCCAACUCUCCCACAAUUCAGCAAAUAUCCCAAACGUACAACAUAACGGUCUCUUUCAAGCAACGCUCACGUGUCUAUGGUGCUACUGUCAUAGUGAGAGGUUCCCAGAAUAACACCAGCGCUGUGAAGGAGGGUACGGCAAUGCUGCUUGAACAUCUAGCUGGCAGCCUGGCUACUGCCAUCCCCGUCAGCACUCAACUGGAUAUCGCUGCUCAACAUCACCUCUUCAUGAUGGGACGCAAUGGUUGCAACAUUAAGCACAUCAUGCAAAGAACGGGUGCUCAGAUUCAUUUCCCCGAUCCUAAUAACCCCCUAAAGAAGUCUACUGUCUACCUCCAAGGCACCAUUGAGUCUGUUUGUCUUGCUAGGCAGUAUCUCAUGGGCUGCCUUCCUCUUGUGUUGAUGUUUGACAUGAAGGAAGAGAUUGAAGUAGAGCCGCAGUGCAUCACUCAGCUCAUGGAACAGUUAGAUGUUUUCAUCAGCAUUAAACCCAAACCUAAGCAGCCGAGUAAAUCUGUGAUAGUAAAAAGCGUGGAACGAAAUGCCUUAAACAUGUACGAAGCUAGAAAAUGCCUCCUUGGACUUGAUAGCAGCGGAGUAACCGUUACAAACCAGUCUACAAUAUCCUGUCCAGUUCCGAUGAAUUGCCAUGGGCUGGAUAUUUUGGCAGCAGGCCUAGGUCUCUCUGGAUUAGGUCUCUUGGGUCCCAACACCCUUUCGGUUAAUUCCACUACCGCUCAGAAUACUCUGCUGAACGCCCUGAACAGCUCUGUGAGCCCUCUGCAUAGUCCAAGCUCUGCUGCCCCUAGCCCAACGUUAUGGGCCACUUCGUUAGCUAAUACAUCAAACGCAACAGGCUUCCCAGCAAUACCCCAUUUAAUGAUCCCGUCUGCUGCACAAGCAACGCUCACCAACUUCUUGCUCUCUGGGGUACCAAACUACGGGCAGAACACACCAUCUCCACCUCCCGGGCUGACGCCUGUCGAUGUCCACAUGAACGGCAUACACUCUGAAUGCAAGAAGGUUACAUCGGCGUUGAAUGGUCAUGUGAAGCCAACAAAUAUGAAAUAUGGAACAAUAUCUUCUUCAUCUCUAGGAGACAAGGUGUUAAAUGCCAAUCUUGCCGAGGCAUCGCGGCAGUCAAACAACCACGGCUCGGCCGAUGAAGUGAAUUCCAAAACAGAUUCAGAAGGCUGUAACGAUGCCUUUGUGGAAGUGGGCAUGCCCAGAAGUCCCUCUCAUUCCGCCAACACCAAGGAUCUCAAGCAGAUGCUGAACUCUACCAAAGCUCCAUGUCCAACAAGACAGACAGUAAAAUUGUUACACGGGGCCAAAAAUUCUCACUUACAUACUGCAGAAAGGUUGCUUUCGGAUUCAGAAAUGAGUCCCCCAGAAGGUCACAUGACUGAUAAAAAGGCCCCUGGAAGUGAACGGGCUGCAGAAAGAGCAGCUGCCCAACAGAAUUCCGAGAGGGCACGGCUUACUUCCCAGUCGGCAUAUGGCAACAUGCAGGCCUAUGACUACGAACAGAAGAAGCUGAUGGCAACAAAGGCCAUGUUAAAAAAGCCUGUGGUGACAGAAGUGAGGACCCCAACAAACACGUGGAGUGGGCUUGGCUUCUCCAAAUCUAUGCCAGCGGAAACCAUUAAGGAACUGAGACGGGCCAACCACGUAUCGUACAAGCCAACCAUGACAACAACAUACGAGGACUCUUCGAUGUCUCUUUCUCGGUCUGACAGCCGGGAGCAGCUGGGAAACGGCAGCGACUCGGAUAACUGGAGGGAAAGGAAUGGGCUUGACUCAUCUCACAACGACUACUCAUCCUCCAUAGGGAGUCCCAAGCGAAAGCAAAACAAAUCUGCAGAACACUAUCUAAGCAGCAGUAAUUACAUGGACUGCAUUUCCUCACUGACUGGAAGCAAUGGAUGUAACCUAAACAGUUCAUUCAAAGGUUCCGAUCUUCCUGAACUCUUCAGCAAACUGGGCCUGGGGAAGUACACCGACAUAUUCCAGCAGCAAGAGAUUGAUCUUCAGACAUUCCUCACGUUAACAGAUCAGGAUUUAAAAGAACUUGGCAUUACAACAUUCGGUGCUCGAAGGAAAAUGUUGCUGGCUAUCUCAGAACUGAAUAAAAACCGAAGGAAGUUAUUCGAGCCCACCAAUAUCCGCUCCUCGUUUCUGGAGGGUGGAGCCAGCGGCAGACUCCCAAGACAAUAUCACACAGACAUUGCGAGCGUCAGUGGGCGCUGGUAGCACCCGGCGAAAUCACUUUAUCCCCACAGAGACGACCAUGGCUGACCUGUGGAAAGGCAUCCAUUUCGUAUUGUUUUAUUAUUUACCAUCAGCACUUUAAAGCCACGGUACCAAGGACCAAAGCAUCGUGCCCACACGUGUGCCAAAAAGACGAAACGCUUGUGUCGACUUUCAGAACAUUUCAGAUGCGGAAUAUGUUUUGUAUGCCUAUUGUAGACUGGACCGAAUUGCAAUAGCAAAACAAACAAACACAAAAAAAAAUAAUGAUUUUAUGUAUAACUAUAAUGUAUGCACUGAAAUUUUUACCUUAUUGAAUGAAGGAUGAAUCUCUCAAAUUACAGAGGGCAUGUCUUAACGGUUUUAUUGUGAAGGAUUUUUUCUAGUAUUCAAAAAAUAAUCAUGUCUGCACUUUACAUACUCCCGAUUUUUGUCUCCUGUGGGUAAAUGUGCUGUUCUCUUAUUGCCAUGUAACACAAUUUCUAUGUCACUAAUCAACCAUAGUGCUUUUACAGUAGGUACAGCUGUGUCAUCUGUGCAUAGCAACGGUACGGUAACUAUGCAGAUAUUAUGCUGGAAAGCGGGGAACCCUUGUUAGAAGAAACUUGUCACUGGUAGAUAAGUCCCGUCCCCUCCUUUCUUAUUUAAUAUUCCUAUCAACGCUUACAAUGAAAUGAAUUCACUGUAACAGACGAAAGGACCAGUAUAGACCUAUUUUUGUGAGUCCGGUCAACCUAUUGCACUGCUGGGAACGUCAAAGCAGAUGAAGUCGAUGCUAGAUGUCAUUAACAUUUCAUUUAUUUAUGCAAAGUUUUUGUUUUUAUGUAUUCCCUCCCUAUCAAACGAACAUAUCGAGGUUCAUUAGCGUCUGUCGAAGCGAAACGCCAUCUUUAAUGGACCCUUGUAUGUGCCGGAUUCACGAAAAAAGCCAGUUUGCCUAUUGGGAAAAAGCAACUCUAGAACCAAAGAUGUAUUAUAAAACGUAGUUCGAUGGAGAAUAGUCAACUUAUUCCAAUUAUCAGUUAUUUUAUACUGUGAAAAUAUGUUUUAACGAUAUCGAGGUCGCCCGUAACGCAAGCGACGCCUCGGUUUUUUCUUUUUGACCGUUUACUAUGGGAACGUUCCAGGUUUUUAUUUCCGGAAAACUGUAAAUUUUUGUACUGUACAUUUUGGAAACCAUUUUGAAAGGUAUCAUGUUCAGACCGGCCGCACAGACACCUGUGCUUGCGAUUGGCGGAGAAAACUUAGCAUGCUGGGAGGCUUGGAGGGGGGGGGGGCGGGGGGUGGUUGGUAAAUCACAAUAAGAUUUUAUUUCAAGGUAAACUUGCCGCACAAACAUUUGCACACUCAAUAAGGGAAUGUUUUGAAAAAAAAUAUAUAUAUUUUAGAUUUUUCUUCUUUUGCUGCCAUUAUAAUUGUGUAUGGGCAUAAGCAAUGCAGCAAUCUAAUACGUGUUAUUGAUUUCUAAGGCACUGUUUCAGAGGGUGGUGGUUUGGGGGCUUUAAACACUACUUUUGGUGAACCACUUCCUUUCUUUUUUUUUUAUUAAAGUGUGUUGUAAAGUAACCGAAAACGUUUUAUACCAUUGAGAAAUCUGUCUUUUGUUUUUUUUGAUCAGUACUGAAGUCACAUGGGUAUCGCUAAGUGGAUAUAUUGCAGCAUUUUCGUCUUCCCCCUGGAUUUUGUUUUUGAUUAUAGUGUAGGAAAUACCCCCCAAAGGGGCUUUAUACAAUACGCUCACCGAUGCACAGAAACACAUAGGUACGGGAGAAUCCUUCUGUUUUAAUCUCAUUUAUGGAACGUGGCAACAUAGGCGCGAUUGUUGCCCCCUCAGUGCUGCAUUAGGCACAAAUACAUGUUCAAUCCCCAUGUUUGUUUGCAUUUUAUUUUGUGCCUUGAGAGAGACAAGUUAUCUGUAAAUGUAGAACAGAUACAGAUUGUUAUUUCAGUGGGGGGGCGGGAUGAUGACUUUUUUUUUUAUUUUACUUUUUUUUUUAAUUCAAUGUGGAUUGAGACCAUUAAAAUGGAUUUUUUUAACUAAUCAUUUUGUUAUGUUGAAGAAAAUAAAUUUAUAUAACCCCC